CCCCCAACACCCCCUGACCCCCCCAAAUGCCCCCUGACCCCCCCACUUUGCCACAGGUGGUGAUGGAGGAGGGUGGCUACGAGGCCAUCUGCAAGGACCGGCGCUGGGCUCGGGUGGCACAGAGGCUCUCCUACCCAUCAGGGAAGAACAUCGGGUCGCUGCUCCGCGCCCACUACGAGCGCAUCAUUUACCCCUAUGAGAUGUACCAGUCGGGGGCCAACCUGGUGCAGUGCACCGCUCGGCCCUUCGACAGCGAGGAGAAGGACCGUGAAUACAAACCCCACAGCAUCCCUCUGCGGCAGUCCGUGCAGCCCUCCAAGUUCAACACCUAUGGGAGGCGUGCCAAGCGUCUGCAGCAGGAGCCCGAACCCACAGAGGAGGACAUCGAGAAAAACCCAGAGCUGAAAAAACUUCAAAUCUACGGCGCCGGCCCCAAAAUGUUGGGGUUGGGAUUGGUGGCCAAAGACAAAACCCUACGGAAAAAAGAUAAAGAGGGCCCCGAGUGCCCCCCGACCGUGGUGGUGAAGGAGGAACCGGUGGCUUUGGGGUCUGAGGGCAAAACGGAGCCGCUGUCGGCACGAGUUUAUCCUGAGAGCAAAGAGGAGCUGAGGCACAGCCCAGAGCCCUGCACCAAAAUGACCAUGCGUCUGCGUCGCAGCCACAGCAACAGCCAGUUUGUGGAGUCCUACGUGUGCCGGAUCUGCUCGCGGGGCGACGAGGACGACAAGCUGCUGCUGUGCGAUGGCUGUGAUGAUAAUUAUCACAUCUUCUGCCUCCUGCCCCCCCUGCCCGAGAUCCCCAAAGGCAUCUGGCGCUGCCCCAAAUGCGUCAUGGCGGUGAGGAGGGGGUGUGGGGACCCCAAAACCCCCCCUGGGGUCGAGGGGGGUGGGGAGCAUUGAAUUAUGUCUGUGGGGGAGAUGGCAGACUCCUUCAAGGCCGACUACUUCAACAUGCCCGUCCACAUGGUGCCCACGGAGCUGGUGGAAAAGGAGUUCUGGAGGUUGGUGAACAGCAUCGAGGAGGACGUGACGGUGGAGUACGGCGCUGAUAUCCACUCCAAGGAGUUCGGCAGCGGGUUCCCCAUCAGCGAUGGCAAGAGGAAGCUCUCGCCUGAGGAGGAGGAGUACGCCGGCAGCGGGUGGAACCUGAACGUGAUGCCGGUGCUGAAGCAGUCGGUGCUGUGCCACAUCAACGCCGACAUCUCGGGCAUGAAGGUGCCCUGGCUCUACGUGGGAAUGGUCUUCUCUGCCUUCUGCUGGCACAUCGAGGACCACUGGAGCUACUCCAUCAACUACCUCCACUGGGGUGAACCCAAGACGUGGUACGGCGUGCCGUCCUUCGCCGCCGAGCACCUGGAGGAGGUGAUGAAGAAGCUGACGCCGGAGCUGUUUGAGAGCCAACCCGACCUGCUGCACCAACUCGUCACCCUCAUGAACCCCAACACCCUCAUGGCCCACGGCGUCCCUGUGGUUCGGACCAACCAAUGUGCUGGGGAGUUUGUCAUCACCUUCCCGCGGGCGUAUCACAGCGGCUUCAACCAGGGCUACAACUUCGCCGAGGCCGUCAACUUCUGCACUGCUGACUGGGUCAGAGCCCCCAAAAACGGGCUGAUUCCACCCAAAAUGAGGCUGGGGGGGAGGGGGGAGCAUCGCCAGGGGCAUUCGGGGCGUCUCCCAAUAGUCCUGAGCUGUGGGGAGGGGGUUUGGGGGUGAAAGUGAAUGUGAACCCCCCCCAAAAAAUGCAUUGCA